AGAGAAAAAAAAAAAAUGGGUCACUGCUGAUGCGUGAAGUGCAAGAACUGGUUGCCCAUGACAGCAUCCACAGCCAGGUGGGACUCCCAAGGGGCGAUCUCUUCCACAGGGCUGACAGUUGUCAUGUCCGGUGACCCACCAAGUCAUGGACACACUGCGUUCACCAGCAGAUCAUGAGUGCUGAUGUUGACAUGUCGAAGAAGGAACAACCAGGUUUUAUUCGGCUCACUGCGACUCAUGCCAAUGCCGGAGGAACCUCUCUGACGGUCCCGUACACGGCGCUCAGUUUGUUGUUCUUACCAGUUUUGAGCUGCGGAUUCAACGCACAAAGCGCAAAAGACAAAACUUGAAGGCCGCCAUGACACUACGCCCUUUGUUGCGUCAGCCGCUUCCGCAAUGUGUCUACGUUUUGCAGGUCCAGGAAGACGGCACUUGCUGUCUGCUACCGGUCGGCCGCUACUCGUGCUGCACCAUGAGCAACGCCGUGUGCUGCCCCGCGCGCAGCAGCUGCUGCCCCCAGCACUACGUGUGCGACGAGGCGUCCAACCUGUGCGCGCCGGCGGGCGGGGCGCGCAGGGAUUCCGAGGCCGCGAAAGCGACGAAGACGACCACCGUCGCCGCCCCCGGAACGACGACGCGCAGGAACAGCGUCGGCGACGACGAGCGGCUCCUGACCAAGUGCCCGGCGGGGGACACGUACUGCUUCCGCGACAACAGCACGUGCUGCCGCCAGGCUGGCUCGUACGGCUGCUGCCCCGACCGGGACGCUGUGUGCUGCAGCGACCUGGUCAACUGCUGCCCGCGCGGGUUCGCCUGCAUCCGCGGCACGGGCAACUGCGUCCAGACCACGACCGUGGCGAGGCUGGCCGCCGCCGCCGGCGCACGGCGCCCGGCGUUUCGCGCAGCUCUGCCGGGCUCGGACAUGACAGAGCCGCUGGCUGUGCCGGCCAUGAGGCUCGAGCGGGGUGCCGCGAUGCCUUAGCGCGGGCGCGGAUCGUUCGAUGGCCCCCACCAUGUAAUUUCGAGUGGGCUCGCCGUCUCAUCCUCCGUCGGGUCCCAGCAUGAGAGAAGGCGCCGCGGGGGUCUUUUGUGAAGUAUAUGUUGUAAUGGCGUGCGUCA